CUUUCCUGAACGAAAUGUAUGUACAAGUAAGUAUCCCUCCACAUUCAUAUCAGGAGAGAGACAAGGUGUUGCGCUCUACAGCAACUGGAAGUCGGUACCGGCAGUACAUGACUUUCCUGAACGAAAUGUAUGUACAAGUAAGUAUCCCUCCACAUUCAUAUCAGGAGAGAGACAAGGUGUUGCGCUCUACAGCAACUGGAAGUCGGUACCGGCAGUACAUGACUUUCCUGAACGAAAUGUAUGUACAACUGAAAAGGAGCCAACUCCAAUUGAAAACUCAGUAUGACGGUGUACCGCCACAAAUUAUGUUGUUGACUCUACUCUCCAAAUGUUUCAUUGACUGUCUGCAAGCCAAACCUCUCUCUAAAAUAGAGAUCGAGGCUAUAUUCUUCAUCCUCACGUCGAUCGGUAAAGAUUUGGAACACGACCUACCGAAAAUGAUGAGUCAAGUGUUUUUCAACAUAAGGGACGUGUUUCAUGACGCCAGCGUCGGCAGGCCCGAUCAAGAGCACCCUGUUGCAGCUGAUCGAGCUCCGAGCGUCCAAGUGGCAGAUGCCCGCGUCCGCUGUCAUGUACUAUUACCCGGGCUCGCGUUGACGCAGGACACAAGGUCCACCACACCGUUACCGUCUCUCGGUUGUACAAUACUUUCCACUACAACCCGAGACCUAUCUUUCUGUUGAAACUAACUCGUUUAGUUACUAGUCAACUGUUAAUAUUCAGAUGUUUAGGUGUUAAUAGAAUUUUUAUAUAACUAAUUAUUUAUAUGUAUAUAUUGUUCUCUGUUAAGCACAGCAACGUGCUUGUGUAAGACUGCUUAUUGGUUAGUUAGUAAGGUGACUAGCAAUAAAGGAGAUGAGUUUUAGUUUGUUUUUAAGAGGAUACCAACAUGAUAAUAUUAGUAUUACGUUUUUAAUACGUACAGUUUUAAAAUUAGUUAUUGAAAACGUAAUCAAAUUAGGGAAUAUCUUACCAACAAUGUUUUUAUAAAGGUACUUCAACUAAAAAUACUCUUAUUAUAAGAAUUUGUACUCAUUAAUGAAGUCGUAGUUGUAAUUCAACAUUGUAUCGAAUUUAAUUACGUUUUUAAUACGUACUGUUUUCAAAUUUGUUAUUAAAAACGUAAUCAAAUCAGGGAAUAUCUUACCAACAUAAUGUUUUUAUAAAGGUACAUUUGACUAAUAAUACUCUCGUUAUAAGAAUCGUACUCUUAGUUGUAAUCCACCAUUGUAUCGAAUUUAAUAACGUAAAACAUUGUUUUUAUCCUCUUCUGUUUAAAUGGAUAUUUGAGGUGAAAUAUGUUAUUUGAUAAUCUUUGAUACUCUUCUUAAGGUUUGUGAUGUACUGUAACUGUUAACUUAGAUAAUUUCUUAAAUAACAUUAACCAUAACGUAGCGAGAACGUUUCACAAUUAAUUUAAGAUUGUUUUCGUUGUGGUCCCUAAGAAAGUUGAACAGAAAUAUUCUUGACAUUCCCCAAUUGUUUACCCGUAUAUGAUAAAAACUUUGAUUUGGUAAGUUCGACGGUGUAAUUUGUAAGAAGUCUUACGAAAUCCCCUUGAAGUGUAAUAAUCCCCCUCUUAAAGAAUUUUAACAGUUUUGGUGUAAUUCGUUUGUACUGCGUGUUUUUAAAAUCAGAUUUUCUACUCGUGAAUUGUUUUUAAUCUAAGUGUUUGUUAGUGUACGUCGUCGAGGAUGGGUAGAGGUGGCGAUACUGAUUAUUAUUAUUAUAAACAUCAAGUUCCACAAACCUGUGCCAUUAACAGUGCCUUUCCUACGUUACUCAAGUUGUGAACGGAGUGCGGUCAGAACCGACAACUUCACAAGGGACAAUGUGCCAAAGCUUUGGCCAAAGCUACUCCAGCGUUGUUUUGUAUUAUGAAAUGUUCAUUUUGAAUAACAUGUUUAUUAUUAA